AUGGGAUCUAAGACUUCUUUGAAUACCAAGAGGCUUUCUGCAAUGUUGGGAUCAUUUCAAGAUCUUGGAGGUACAGAUAGUUUGAUGGGGUUGCCAGAUCCAAGUGGAUUGGUAUCUGGCAAACCCGAAGAUGAGAACAAGUCUGGUUUAAAGGCCCCAUCUGCACAUUUCAGAUCUUCAGAAACAAUGUACUCGGUCGGAAAUAUGUCUGGCUACUCUAAUUAUUCAGGAGUGAUUCAAGAAGGAAUUGAAGUUUCAUAUGUGGUGAAUAAACAAGAAACUCCUCGUUUACCUGGAUUGCCAGGAACAAAAACUCCUGUUGUAAUAACUACAAUUCAAACAGAUUCUGUUAAUACUGAAACAAUAAAUAAUGAUAAUAAUGAAAAUAACGAAAACGCAAAUGAAAAGGAGGGAAAGGAGGACGAAGAGGGAAAAGACAAAAAACUAAUCGAAAUUGAGGACCCAAAGUUUGAUUAUCCAGAAGUCAACAGAUCUAAUUCAAAGUCAUCUGUACGCUCUAAUCCUCUACCUGUUAGAAACAUCAACGAAUCGCCAAAGAGACGAUUUAAUUCACUAAGGGCUUCUCCUUCUAUUAAAACAAAAAAUGGAUUCACAAAAAUAAUACAGAAUGAAGAGGAGACUGGAUUAGGUGAUGAUCAAGUUACUAGUCAAAAUCCUAUAAUAUCUGUAAGUCAUCAUAACGAGAGUACGCCGACUUUAAAUACAAGCCAAGCGGAAUUUGAUGGUGAUUCAAUAUCAGUGACUUCUAGUUUUGUACAAGAAUUACCAACUACUGUUGGGAGAGUAAAUUCGGGAAAAGAACCUGUUCGUUCAGAGACUACUGCUUUCAAUCCACCAAUUCCACCUAGAAAUUCUAAUAGACCAAGAUCAAGAAUCUUUAUCCCAGAGAAAGUUGAUGAAGAAGAGCCUAUUAACGAGAAUAUUUCAUCCACCAACCUUACGCCCCCACAUGACGAUGCAUCCAAAAGAAUAAGUUCAGUUUCAACAGAGGAUAUUGAUUAUGGGAAUAGACCAUUACCUAACACCCCUCUUCAAUCAACCCCAGAUAUCAUCCAUGAAACAGAUAAACAAAUUCAAGUCAAUGGCCAUAUUGAAGAGAUAAAACCCAAGAAUCAUCCACUAGUUGGUAAAGGCAUUGGAGAUUUUGAUAUAGAUGCACUAAUUUCAGUACUACAGAUGACAGAAGGAAGUUCUGGAUCCGAAUUUGAAAACUUAGGUAUGAAAGUCGAAGGUAAAAAAGCAUUAGAGGGAUUAGUAGAUUCAUUAUCAAAAUUAGUUGCAGAUAUGGCACUUGAUCCUGAACAUCAUGAAGAAGGAUUGAAAAGGUUGAAAAAGGCAACAUUAGAAUUAAAGGGGUUUUAA